CCUUCGCAGUUUAGUCGCCAUUUUACAGGAAGUUUGCCGAUUGUUCAUCGCAGCACACGACGUUAGCCUGCUCCCAUUCUAUUUUACAUCGUGAUAGUUAUUCGGGGGAAUGGCACUAAAGAGGAUCAACAAAGAACUGCAAGAUCUUGGACCUGAUCCACCAUCCCAGUGUUCUGCCGGGCCGGUUGGAGAUGACUUGUUUCAUUGGCAAGCGACUAUAAUGGGUCCGCCUGAUAGCCCAUACCAAGGUGGAGUGUUUUUCCUUACGAUACAUUUCCCAACAGAUUAUCCUUUUAAACCUCCAAAGGUAUCAUUUACUACAAAAAUAUAUCAUCCUAACAUAAACAGUAACGGCAGUAUUUGUCUUGAUAUCUUACGAUCCCAGUGGAGUCCAGCUCUAACCAUUUCUAAAGUACUUCUGUCAAUUUGUUCCUUGCUUACUGAUCCAAAUCCUGAUGAUCCUUUGGUGCCAGAAAUAGCACGAACCUAUAAAACAGACAAAGUGAAAUAUAAUGAAACAGCAAAAGAAUGGACAAGGAAGUUUGCCCAAUGAUGACUUCAUAAAGACUCUGCUGUUGCAAAGUUGUAUUGUUGUGAUGUGCAAUAUAUGUUAUGUCCUACAGCACUUUCUCUAGAAAUGUCAAGUGAUUAACCAGUGAUGUGUCUUUGCCAUGUAAGGUAUAUACUGUCAGUCAUGAUGCAACAAAUGUAGAGAAUGCCAUAAACAGGAGUUUGCAAGUAUGUAUGUAUAUUUGUAAAUCAAGUUAAUGUUUUGUGUAGCAGAUUCAGAUUUUAAUAAAUUACAUUGUUCUGAAUCAGUGUAGCAACUGUUUUUGUACAUUUUGUGCAUGUGUUACUUGUGUCAUUGUACAUACAAAUUGUUGUGAGCACUUUCAGCCCAAAUUUAAGCAGGUACAUUAACCGUAUUUGACUCUAUAUUUGUGCUAUGUUUUCCUAAGGCCUGGACUUAAAAGUAUUCUCAGUACACCUGUAUUGGUACUGUCAAGUUGCUUAUUGGUAUAUUAUUAUUUUGUAUUGCAUACUGAAAAUCCAGUGUCCACCUGGCUUUAGUUGGAAGUGAUAUUGUUUAGGUUUUAGUGACUAAAUUCCAAACCAUCUUCAGGAAAAGAACAUUAAAUCCUUAUCCUAUGGUCCUAGGUUAAGUUACAGCUAAUGAUUUUGAUUGUAGCUACUGCAACACCUCCAAACCUUUGCAUUUGUUGUCUUUUUGUUCCCUUUGGAAGUGGUGAAUAAACAGAUAAUUAAGUGAUUGA